GUCUUUACCUGAGAAAACAGUCACACCCAUCAUCUUCAGCCCUACCAAUCACAGGACAGAAUCAGCACUUCCUGUUUCUGUGAGACAGAAGCAUGCAGUGCCAGUGAGGGUGAGGUGAGUGAAAGGCUGAAUUACUGGAACAAGCUGUAGCGCAAUCACUGUGAGUCUAUUGAGUUUAUGAGAAGUGAAGAAAAGCUGCGUGUGAGCUUGAACAGACGGUAACUUUUGGACUCCACUUUAAGACAGUGCUGGAGGGGGAAAGUAUAAGGAAAACAGAAACAAACGGAGGGGAGGAAGAUAAGUGUCAAUCUGUUCAAACUUGUUUGGGAAUUUGAGAAGGGCGGGAGGAGGGGACGAGAGAGAGUGAAACAGAGAGAGAGAGAGAGAGAGGAACACUGUGAGAAUCUUUUUUACUUUGUUGAAAACUAUUUUUACUUACAUGAACACAUUAAGCAGGACAGAGACAGGCCAGAUAAUUAAAUCAGUGUUCUUAGUACAGCAUUUAUCUCACUCAACUUUGGUUCUCUCAAUGGGCAAACACUGAUAUGUGGAAUGUCUGUGAGUUGUGCAAUUCUUGCUAGCUUCACUUUGUCAAGAAAGCAAAGAAAAACUUGGAGAGAGACAGAGAAGCGUCCUCCAAGACACUUCUCAGGGUCUCUAUUUUGCCAUGGAAACCAGGUAUAUUAAUUGGGCUAUCCAAGACACUGUGCAGAUACAGUCCUCUUAAGGUGCACUAGACAGGUUGUCAAUCAAGUCCUUAAGCUAAUUGGCAAAGGUGACCUGGGUGGAGAAGAGACUUGGAAACACCAAAAAUGGACAAAACAAAAGAAAAAGAAAUGGAGCCAGACUCGUGCGAUGGGAUUAGGGAGAGAUUUCCUGCAACCAGAAAAAGAGAUGGAGAGAUGGACAGGAGAGAAAGAGAGAGGCGGAGAAAUGGAGAUCGACGUGCAAAUGGAAGCUCAUCAAUGUCAGAGCAGGGUGAAUAUGGAGGCCAAGACGAUGAGAGGAGAAAAGGGGACACUUUUCCAAGGAUGUCAAAACCACCCAGAGUGAGAGACAGAAGGAUACCACUUCCAGACUAUGAAAGAGAGCGUCACAUGGGAAGACCGAAGGACAUACUGUAUGAAAAUGAAAGAGAAAAGGAAAGGAGGAGAUACAGAGACUUGGACAUGCAGAGUGAAAGAGAAAUUACAAGAUACAGGGAGGAGUUAAGGAGAAAUGAAAUGAGAAGGCCCCCAAGGGAGGAGCCAGAUAGACAGAGGGAACGAGAGAAGGUGUUUGACUCAGGAAUGAGAGGAAGUUAUCCAGGGGGCAGUGACCUUUCAGGCAUGAAGGAAAGAGAGACAGACAGAGACAGAUAUCGACAAAGAGACAGAGACGGCAGAUAUUAUCCUCAACAUAUGGAAAGAGAGACAGAGAGUUUCACAGAUAGGGAAAGGAGGACUGAGAGACCGAGAGAGGGAGAGAGAUCUAGGAAAAGAGAUACAAAAAGCGAAGGAGACAGUGAUGGAGACAGGGGUAAGGAAAGGAUGAGAGAAGAAGAUUCUAGACUUAGACACAAACUGUACAAGAGUGAAGGAGACAGCGAUGCAGACCGAAGGAUAGACAGAGUUAGAGAGAGAGACAGACGUAGGGAGCGAGAACCCGAAAGAUGGCGUGACACAGCAAUGCCUAGAGAAAGAGAUUACCGGGAGACAGGUUAUCGUGAUUCAAAAAGGGACAAUUUGGAACGACUUAGAGAAACAGAUAAAUCAAGAGAUAGAAUAAGAGAAUCCAAAGAGAGAAGAACGGACAGAGAUGCUUACUUGUACACAGCUGAAAGAGGAAGGUAUAGAGAUGGAGAAAGGAUAAGAGAAAGGGAUCGGUAUUCUGAAAGAGAGAUUGAAGAGAGGGAGAGGCGGAGGAAAGAGAACAGAGACACAGGGAGAAGUAAAACGGAGAAGAGUGGACAAAGUAGUGGAGAGAUGAUUUCAGGAAGUGAUUUCGAGAAUGAACAAAGAAGGGCAAUGAGAGAGAACCUUGUGGACAGCGAAAACACAUCUGAGAUUGAUAAAGAGAGAGUAGAGCAGGAAGUAGGAAGUACACAGAGGGAAGAAGAAAAGAGUGAAAGUGUUGCUGCUGUGGAAGAAGUUACAAAGAAACCCAUGAACAGGAUUAGGAAAAUGUGGCUGGAACCUCGGAGUGAGAGAAAGGAAAACGAGGAGCACACCGAGAGGGAGAGAGCACGAGAGAGGUACAUCCAAAGGUACCAAGAAAUCAUGACUGGAAAAGAAGAAGAACUUGAGAGAAGGAAAGCAAGAAAGAGCAAAAGUCUUGAGGACAAGUAUAGAGAACUUGAAAGGGCCGGGGAGUUCGUGAGGGAUGUGGAUGUAGAAAGGGAGGAGAAGAGGAUAGGAGAAGAGGACAUGGCUUAUGAUGAAGAAGCAAUGGAACCGGAGAGGCAGAUGGAAAGAGAGAAUGUGGCCGAUAACAUGGAAGAGAAUGACAGAGAUGAACAGAGAAGCAACAAUAGCUACGACUACUUGGAAAAUGAGGAAGGAAGUGAGGGAGAAAUGGAAACAGAGAAAAACAGAAUGACGUCAGCGGAUGAUGGGUUUGUAACCGUCUCCAGUGGAGGGGAUGAUGCAGAGGAAGAGGACUUUGAAGACUGCAAAGAAUUCUGGGAAGGUGGAGUUCCUGAAGCUGUCUCUGGACACUCAGGAGCUACUCAGGACAGAGAGAAUGGGGCAAAUGAAGAAUUGGAAAACCAAAGAGUAAAUGAGGGAGCAGAUUGUAUGGCUCCGAAAGAACCCCUAACAGUCUUUUGUGUGAUAGGUCAGACCUUUCCAUCACAAACCAACGAGAAUUCAAAUGUACAUCCUACUUCUGAAGAGGCAGCUAUUCGGAAUUCAGGUCAUAACGUAGACAACCAAGGUGAAAUGAGCACUGUAAAUGUCAGUGAAGCAUUUGAAAAGGUUGAAUGCUAUGAACAGGAUAUUGAAAGAGCCAUGGAUGACCUCAAUCUUUCUCCUAAUGUGGACAAACAGAAGGGAGCAGAAAAUAAUGACCAGGUAACAGAGGGUGUAACAUCACUAGAAGGCCAAAUGAUUCCUCCCAGUGAGCGAUCAGAACAAGACACCCUACCAGAACAUUCUAAUAAUGGUCAUGGGGCUACAGAGACUCAUAGUGAAGAGACAACACAAAGAGGAGAACAAGAACCUACCGGAGACACGGUGGAGCAUUUUGGUUCCAAUGACACAUGGAGCGCAUCUGAGGAACGAAAGCGAUGCUCUACUGCUCCUCACCUUAGAUGGGCCAAGAACGUGGUGAGAGAGAUCCUGGGUUCGAGGUCGGUGGACACAGAAAAUACAAGAGGUAGUGUGACACACAUAGACACGCAAACCAACACACAAACAGAGGGUGAGAGAGAAAUGGACAAGUCAAGAAAAGAGGAAGAAAUAAUAGAGGGAGGAGAAGAACAACAGGGAGGGAUGGAGAGAGAGUUGAAUGAGAACCGUGACUGGCUGGAUCCUAGUUCUAACCAGCACUUAGUUUCCUCAAAAGGAGAGGCAGACAGGAAGGUAGAGGUAGUAUCUAAUAAGAAAGACGAUAUAGCGGAAGUCGUUCUAAGCUCCAGUAGUUUUAGAGAUUUGGGGAAUGAGGCUCGCACGAGGAGGCGAGGGUUCCGAAAGACAGCGGAGAAAUCCAAAGAAGAGGAAGAGGAUGAGGAAGAAGAAGAGGGAGUGGCAAGGGACCGCAGGACGAGAAUAUUCACCAAAUCAGAUGGUGAAGAGGAUGGAUUAUCUUUUACCUGGAGUGAAAUGGAUCUAAGGAAACUUGGAAGGACAAAAAAGAGGAAUUCUAAAUUCUUUAACUCUCAGUUGUAUCAGGAGUACAAUGAGGUGGUCCAGAACAGAGAGAUCCUGCUGUCUCAUUCUGAUUCUCUAUUAAUAGGUUCAUCUUCCUCUCCAAAUCAUUCCCCUAAGCUAUCACGCAGACCUCUCCCACCUCUCCCUCAAGUCCUCUUACACCCUCACACUCUGUCCCAAACCAACUCCUUUAAAAGUCUAAAUGUGCCUCAGCAAUCCAUAAACAGGCCUUCGUCCCCUCGCGUGUCCAUCUCUGCUGUCUCACCCACACUGUGGCAGGAUCUCCCUGGAGUGAGGAGCAGCUCAGAGUUGGAGGAACUUACUGAGGAUGAGAGACGUCUACAGGAGGUGAGGUUUGAGGUUGUGACCUCUGAGGCCUCAUACUGCCGCAGUUUGGACAUCGUAGUAGAGAACUUUGUCAUGUCGAAACAACUCAACGUCAUCCUGUCUUCACAAGACAAAAACUGGCUGUUCUCCAGGCUAAAUGAUGUUAGAGCCGUCAGUCACAGCUUUUUGUCUCAGCUGGAAGAAGCAGUAGAAGAGAACAUAAUGCGUUUUACUGUCUGUGACAUCAUUAUCAAACUCUGUCCACGUUUCCGAAAUGUGUAUGUGCCAUACCUUACCAACCAAUCAUAUCAGGACAAGACUUAUCAAAGAUUAAUGGAUGAGAGUCAGGAAUUCCGUAGAGUUGUGGAAAAGUUAGAGCGUAACCCGGUUUGUCAACGACUGCCUCUACGGUCUUUCCUCAUUCUGCCUUUUCAAAGAAUCACUCGCCUCAAACUGCUUGUGCAGAAUAUUGUAAAGAGAACCGCUCCAAAAACCAAGGAUGAAGCACAAGCCAUUAAGGCCAUGAAACUACUUGAGAAGAUGAUCCAGGACAGUAAUGAAAGUAUCUCUCAAAUGAAGAACAUCGAGUCACUUGUCACCCUCAAUGCCAAAGUUGACUUUGAGUGCAGGACUCUUCCAUUGAUCAGUCAAUCACGCAGACUGGUACGAGAGGGAUCUGUGACUGAACUGAUAGACUUUUCUCUGAAAGACCGGGAAGAAGAGAGAAAUGUUUAUUUGCACCUUUUCAAUGACUAUCUCCUGGUCUCUUUGCGGAAAGAAGGGGGUAGGUUUACAGUUAUCGACCAUGCACCUGUGUCAGAGCUGCGGGUUGAGAACUGCAGGUUCAAACUGCAUUCUUUACAAAAAAACCUGUUCCGUCUGCACAUGCCACAAAAAGCUCUGCUCUUGCGGACAGAUACCCAAGGCAAUAAAUUGCGCUGGAUAUCAGCACUGUCACGUCCUUAUCCUGAGAUUGACUUCGGUGCAGUUCAGGACGUUUCGCAAAUGCAGUGCAUCAGAGCAUAUGUUGCCCAGCAACCAGAUGAGCUAAGUUUAGAGAAAGCUGAUGUCCUAUUAGUUCACCAGCAGAGUAGUGAUGGCUGGGUGGAAGGAACUCGUCUGUCAGACAGGCAAUGUGGUUGGGCCCCCGAGUCUCAUCUGGAGACAAUAGUCAGUGACAAAGCAAGAAAGCGCAACCUGCUGGACACCAUGAAAAUUGCUACAGCUGCAAUGUAAUGUAAUGCAAUGUACAGCCUUCAAGCUUCUCAGGUGGACUUUUCAACUGCAAUUUUUUAGUAUUACUUUAAAGUCUUAUGCAAAAAGAACUUCAACAACUUUAAGGAUUUAUGUCUCAACUUCAUGGGAAGUUUCUAUUUAUUUUGGGUAUACACUCAAGCUGAUAAGGGUGAUGUGGGUUUUAGGGCCUCACCCAUGUCAGGGUACUACUCCACACCCUGCUAAAGGGUCUGAAUUACGGAAACUGAAUUCCUUAGAUGGACCUUGGACCUUGGACCUUGGAAAUGGUGCAAAUGCAGCCAUAUGCAGUACUUGCUCCAACUGAGUAUCUAUGCAGCUUCCAUAGUGUUUCUAUAAGACUGUCUAAUAAUUUGGAACUGGGGAAUCACUCGUGGGCAGAAGUUUGGACUAGAGUUUGUUGUCAUCAUUAUGGGCAAGCCGUCUCUCACUGAGGAACUAUGACAGCUGGAUGUAAGAUAUAAGCAGGAUCUACAUCAUUGUGUUACGCUGAACCGCACACCUGCAACAAAACUACUUGUUCUGUUUUCUAUAAACAUCAGAUCCCCUUCAGUGUGGAAAAUAAAUGCUGUCGGACUGCAGCUUGGUGGGAAUAAUGUUUGAAGAGUUUUUGUUGUGCUCAAGGACACAAAGACAGUGCAAAAGGACAAAUUACUAGUAAUUGUAAAAAACGGUGGACAUUUAUCAAAGUGCAAAUUUUAUUUAGGAUCAUGAAUUAUGGAUGGCUACUUUUUAAGACCAAAAAGUGUACAUUACCCAAGGUUGUCUACAAUGUACAUAAUAUAGGUUUUUAACAUAAAAGCUAAGAGUGUUAUGUUUUCAUGGGAUAAUUCCAUCUUUGCUUACUGUUCACACUGAGUAGCAUAUAACUGUAAUAUGCCUUCAAAAUAAACAGAU